AUGAGCUGCCUGGAUGUCAUGUACCAGGUGUUUGGUCCGCAGCCGUACUUCAGCUCCUACAGCCCGUACCGCCACCAGAAACUGACUCUGUACUCCAGGAUGCAGGACCUGCAGGACGGCGUGAGCCGGCCCGGCCCCCCCGGCCCCCCCGGCCCCCCCGCCAUCAAAGAGGAGGACAAGGACCUGCCUCCAGGUGCAGAGUACCUGAACUCCCGCUGUGUCCUGUUCACCUACUUCCACGGAGACAUCGGCUCCGAGGUGGACGAACAUUUCAGCAGAGCUCUGAGUCAGAGCGGCGGCGGCGGCGGCCACAAGAGCAGCAGAGACGGAUGUUUCCCGAUGAACCAGAGGAGUUUCCCUCCGUCCUUCUGGAACAGUUCGUACCAGCCGUCCGUCUCGUCCACGUUGGCCGCUGCCCACUCCGAGCUGGCGUUCCCCGGGGACCCGUACUCCCCCGCCUCGCUGCACGGCCACCUGCACCAGCCGACCACGGACACCUGGCACCCGCACCACCCGCACCACCACCACCACCCGUACUCGCUGGGCGGAGCCAUCGGCGCCCAGAGCUCGGCGUACCCGCGGCCGGGCGUCCACGACAUGUACGGCGCGGCGUUCGAUCCCCGUUACGGCUCGCUGCUGGUGCCGUCCAUGCGCUCGCACCACCGCCUGGCGUCUGGCGGCUCGGCGCCAGGACCCGGCGCCUCGCCCUGCGACCUCGGGGGGAAGAUGGAGUCCGGGGCGGGGACGGCGUGGAGCGGCGCCUUCGCCGGAGCCGGACCGGAGCUGGGGCUCAACAUAGAUGCAGGUCUUCAGGCACAGGAGAAGAGCAAAGACCUAUACUGGUUUUAG